ACUCUGGCAGCAGUCGUAUGGGUUACAAUUCUUACAGGAGCCACAAUGAUGUUAGCAGUAGCAGCUUCCCAACAAUCAGAGGUUGAUGCAUUGUUGGAGAGUGGGUGGUGGGAUGGCUCUGUCAUUAGCGUUGCACACCAUUGUAGCUGGCCUGGGGUAACAUGCAACGAUAAUUUAAGUGUCAUCGAGAUCAGCAUCAGCCCUACAAUUUAUUUAUUUGACAGAAAAAGUUUUGCAAAGUUGAACUUUUCUGCUCUCCCCAAUCUUCUUAGGCUUGAUAUUAGUAAGCAAGGGGUUUAUGGAUGCAUCCCUCCUGGUUUGGGUCGUCUGACCAAACUUAGAUCACUGUCUCUUGGGGCCAACCAACUUAAUGGAUCCAUACCACCAAAAAUCGGGAAGCUACAUAAUUUGGUUACUUUGGAUCUUUCCUACAACUCUCUUUUAGGUGAAGUUCCUUCUGCUUUAGGGCAAUUGGCCAAUUUGGUUACUUUAAAUCUGUCCGACAACUCUCUUUCAGGUGAAGUUCCUUCUGCUUUAGGGCAAUUAGCCAAUUUGGUUACUUUGGAUCUUUCCGGUGCCUAUCUUUCCGGUGAAGUUCCUUCUACUUUAGGGCAAUUAGCCAAUUUGGUUACUUUGGAUCUUUCCGGUUCCAUCCCUCCUGCUUUGCUUCGUCUAACCAAUCUGACCUACUUGUAUCUUGAUUCAAAUCUUUUACAAGAAGAAUACAUAGAGCUAAAAGUAGGGAAGCAUAUCCAAGUCCAACAAAAAAUGGGGAUAUAUUCUCAAUAUGGAACUUUGAUGGAAGGAUUGCAUAUGAAGAUGUCAUUGAAGCAACUGAGGAUUUUGACAUCAAAUAUUGCAUUGGCACUGGUGGGUAUGGUAGUGUUUAUAGAGCACAAUUGCCAAGUGGUCAAGUAGUUGCUUUAAAGAAACUACAUCGAAGGGAAACAGAGGAGCUAGCCUUUGAUAAGAGUUUCAGAAAUGAGGUUAAGAUGUUGACAGAAAUACGACAUAGAAACAUUGUGAAGCUUCAUGGAUUUUGCCUACAUAGGAGAUGCAUGUUUUUGAUCUAUCAAAACAUGGAAAGAGGAAGCUUGUUUUGUAUGCUUAGAAAUGAUGAUGAAGUUGUGGAUCUGGAUUGGAACCUAAGAGUGAAUGUCAUAAAAAACAUAGCACAUG